AUGCCUGCUGCGCCAAAGCAACGCAAGAUUGCCAUUGUUGGUAGUCGCUCUGUGGGAAAAUCCUCCCUCACAGUUCGAUUCGUCGAGCAUCACUUUGUCGAGAGUUACUAUCCCACAAUCGAGAACACCUUUAGUCGAAUCAUCAAAUACAAUGGCCAAGACUAUGCGACUGAAAUCGUGGAUACUGCUGGACAGGAUGAGUACAGUAUCUUGAACUCAAAGCACUUCAUUGGUAUUCAUGGAUAUAUCAUUGCUUACUCGGUGACAUCGCGGCAAUCAUUUGAGAUGGUCAGAACCAUUCGUGACAAGAUCUUGAAUCACCUCGGUGCGGACGAGGUGCCUCUCGUGAUAGUAGGCAACAAGAGCGAUUUGAAGCCCGAACAACGACAAGUCUCCACUGAAGAGGGACGUCAAUUGGCAGAGGAGCUCAACUGUGCCUUUACUGAGGCUAGUGCCUUCCUCGACUUUAAUGUCUCCAAGGCAUUUGAUUUGAUGAUCAGUCAGAUCGAGAAAUCUCAGAACCCAUCGCAGCCAACCGGAGGGAAUAAGUGUGCCUUGAUGUAA